CCGCUUUCAGUUAGUGUUCAUUGCUGAGUGAUCGCUCGCUAUCCGGCUGGAAAAGGUGGUCCGGAAGCUUCCUUUCUCCCAGCAAGCAAGACGAGAUCACCACUUCUCUCAGUAAUGGACUUCCUUGAAUUCUUUUUUAGUCUUAGAUGUCCUUUCAUAGAUUCUCGAACCUCCGAGAGACAGAAUCUCCAUGCAUGCGUUCUUUCUCUCCUCCCCUCCCUAAUACCUAAUACAUAGUUCCGUCUAUGGAGCCUAAAGCUUAAACCAUGGCAUGACAGUAAGAAGUAAGUUGGCCUAGUCUCUCGCCGCCUUCUUCAGUGGCCAAGUUGAAGCGUUCAACGGUUCUUCGGCCUACCGCCUUUCUUUUUCAAGGUUGAGCUUGUUCAAUUGAAGCUAAUGCUAUGCCCUUGUUCAAGAGAAAGCGAGGACUUUUAGUUACCGACCUAAACAAAAGAGAUUAGCCUCUUAAUCGAUCGAUUGAUUGAAGUGUGAGAUCAGCCCAAGACUAAGGCCGAGCAACUAGCUGCUGCAAGAUUGGACGUCUAUCUAUCUCACCGCGCCCCCCUACUCCUAUAAAGGCCGGUGGAAGGAAUGCUCUGCUCAUCUUUCUUACGGCUCGUUACCGCAGCGCUCGUUCGCCCCUUCGGCUUCGUCAAUUCAAAAAGGGAGUGUCUUUUUCCGCGUCUUGAAGCAAAGGCAUUAUUGAACGAAAGAGAUGCCGGGUCGGUCAAUUGCAUUAGGGAGGAGAUGCAGGACCUGUCUUAACCGCAAGUGCAUUCGCUAUUCGAUUCCACAAAAUUUGGAUUCCAAAGUUUGUAUCUCGGCUUGGUGUUCAGCUAAGUCCAGUUCGUUAUAAGUCAAUCUAGUCUAUCAGCUUAUGAGAAUCCCAGGCUUGAUUAAGGUAGUUCAGUGGUUCAAUGACUUCGAAUUCCGGAGUGCAAUAGAGAGUGGACAGCCUCAAUCCUGAAAGCAAGAAAAGCACGGGAGGAUGGGCUAGGGCUACUAAAUCGAGGAACGAAGU